GAUACUAAUCGAAGCAAUCAUAUGGAUCCAUAUGAGUAUACGAAAAGUUCUCAUUUUACAUCUGAGUUAUAUAAAAUUGAAAUAAAAAAUCUUCCUAGGUUUUUUGGAUAUAAUCAAUUUAAAAAAUAUUUGCAGAAAAAAUAUGAUAUCAAUCCACAUAAAAUGAAAUAUGUUAGAACCAAACAUCCCCAUUUGUUCAUAACAUUUAAAAAUGAAAAAGAUCAACUAUCUGCUAUUGAAAAACUAAAUGAUAUUGAAUAUAAAAACUGUAAACUAAUUGUUAAAAUAGCAAAACCAUCAGCAGAUCCUUUUAUAAUAUCCAAUCAGACUAAUGAUAAUAAAACAACUAUUAAAAAUGUGAAAGAUGUGGUUACGCCAUAUUGGAAUAUAAGUUAUUUAGAACAGUUGAAAUUAAAACAAACUAAUUUGAAAGAUACCUUGAUUGUAAAAUUGGGCUUACUAGAUGGAAUUGAAAAUAUUUUGAAAAAUAUGGAACCAUCUCCGUUGAUAUAUGGAUACAGAAAUAAAUGCGAAUUCACUAUUGGCCAUCUAGACACUUCAAAAUGUGAUAAUGAAGAAACUUAUAAAAAUACAGAAAAAGUUGAUCAUUUAGUAAUCGGAUUCAGAGUCUCCUCUUAUAAAUCUGGAUGUGAUUUGGUUGCCCCUAUAGAUGAAUGCCUUCAUGUUAGUGAGGAAAUGAAGUCUGUUGUUAAAAAAUUUCAAACGUGUUUAGUCGCUAAAAAUCUUCCUUGCUUUAGUUGUGUAAAUAGAUCAGGCUUAUGGAAAACCUUGAGUCUUAAAUGCGGCUCUAGUCAAUCCGAUUCACAAAUCAUGGCUAUUCUUCAUAUUAACCUCGAUUAUUUUGUAGAUUCAGAGAAUUAUGACCUAAAUAUGUUGAAGGAAGAUUUAGUUACGAAUUAUAAUCGCAAAGAUCUUGGCAACAUCUGCUCGUUUUACCUCAAGCUAGAAUCUAGCAGGUCAUAUCGCCAGGAUGAUUAUAAUCCUAACACGACAUUUGAUUUGAUUCACUUAUCCGGUUGCGAGUUCAUAAUAGAGAGAUUGGGCGAAUUGUUGAUAUUCAAUAUCUCCCCUUCCUCAUUUUUCCAAGUCAACACACCCGCAUACAUAACUUUGUUAGACACCUUGAUCGAUAUGAUAAAAAUGGGAAACCAAGAUGAUUUAAAAAAUUCAAAAACGGUGAUAUUAGAUUUAUGCUGCGGCACCGGAACUAUAGGACAAUAUCUGGCUAAGCAUUUAGGAUCAUCCAUUCAUAUUAUUGGAAUCGACAUUUCAGCCUCAUCUAUACAAGAUGCUGUAUCUAAUGCUUUUACCAACGGUUUAAUGAAUACCGAAUAUCAUUGCGGGCCUGUAGAAGAAAUAUUACCAUCAAUUUUGACCAUAAAAUCACACAAAACGAUGCUUUCAAAAUAUGGGAUUACAAAUUCUAAUGUUACAAAUGAUGAGAAUUUAUCGUUGAAUACAGAAAAGGAAGGAACUGAUAAUAGCUAUAAAAGGUAUAUAGGAAUAUUAGACCCGCCUAGAAAAGGAGUAGGGCGUAAAGUGAUAGACUCUAUAAGAAAUUUGGAUAGCUUGAAACAACUUAUAUACAUCUCUUGUGAUAUAUCAGGUGGAAAUAACGAUAAAUUAGCCCGUUCGAACCAAUUAAAUGGCGCCCUGAAAAAUCUUAACGACCUAACUCGACAAUCUAGCAAAAGAUUACCAGGCCUUCGAUUUACGAUAGACCGUGUUGUUCCAAUAGAUAUGUUUCCGUUGACAGAUAGAUAUGAAACGAUCGUUCACAUGAAGAAAUUAAUUCUCAAACUAAAUAAUUUUUUUUAGAAAUAGCGAUGAUUUAAACAUCAAAUAUUGAUUAGAUUAAAUGAUAUACGAAUAAAACGCAAA